UGAAAAAUGUAGAUAUUGUUAGCACCUGCAUCAUGAAGAAAGUCUUCACCGCAGAAGAAAUUUCUGAGUGGUUCACCUCGGGGACGACGUUUGCUAACAUUAAACUCACAGAAGAGGUGGUUGAGAGACAUUUGGAUGAGUCGUCGAAAGAGACCAGCCCAUCAGAGGUUCCUGAUAUAGGCAGCCUGAAAAAUGUCAAGUCUGAUGGAGGACGUUUCCAAAAACCAGACCCUGCAGGAAGUACUGCUCCUCCUCCACUUGCCACCUACGAGUACCCCAGUUUGCCCAUAACCAAAAACAGACAGGAGCUGAUUUCUCUUGUAGAAAACAACUCUGUAGUGAUCAUUCGAGGAGCCACAGGCAGUGGCAAGACCACCCAGCUGCCACAGUUCAUUCUGGACCACUACAGUGAGAAAAAUGCCUUAUGCAACAUUGUGGUCACCCAACCACGCAAAAUUGGUGCCACCAGUAUUGCACGAUGGGUUGCCACACAGCGGAAGUGUACCCUGGGUAGUCUGGUGGGAUAUCAGGUUGGACUGGAGAAGAUGGCUACUGAGCAUACCAGGCUUAUCUACAUGACUACAGGAGUGCUGCUGCAAAAACUGGUUUCAUCCAAGUGCCUCACAGAGUUCUCCCACAUUUUUGUAGAUGAGGUUCAUGAGCGCACUGAGGAGAUGGACUUUCUCCUGCUGGUUUUGAGAAAACUUCUUCAGUCCAACUCUCCUUAUGUCAAGAUCAUUCUUAUGUCAGCCACCAUUAACUGCAGACAGUUUGCUGAGUACUUCAGCACCACAAUUCGGGGCAAGAUUAACCCAGCCUACGUGUUUGAAGUGGAGGGGGCGCCCUAUGCCAUUGAAGAGUUCUAUCUGGAUGACCUCCGCAAACUGUUUCCAUACAAGGUUGAGAUGCCUCAUUUAGAUGACCCACACAUUUCAGUGGAGGUAUACAAUCUUGCCAUCAGUCUCAUUCAGGGCUUUGAUGAGAUGGAGGGCAAAGAUUCCAGCAAUACAGAGAAAGGAGGUGGCAUGACUUCAUCAGAGCGGGGCAGUGUGCUGGUUUUCCUUCCUGGUAUACAUGAGAUCAGCUAUAUGCAGGAGGCCUUAGCCAAGCUGGUCCACAAAAGAUUGCAGGUUUAUCCUCUCCACUCCACUGUAACUCUGGAGGAGCAGAACGGUGUGUUUCUGUACCCUGUCCCUGGAUACAGGAAGGUCAUCCUUUCCACCAAUAUUGCUGAGAGUUCGGUGACCGUUCCAGAUGUCAAAUAUGUGAUUGACUUCUGUCUGGCCCGUCACUUGGUCUGUGACCAAGAUACAAAUUAUCAGUCUCUGCGUCUCACCUGGGCGUCCAAAACCAGCUGCAACCAGCGUCGAGGUAGAGCAGGUCGAGUGUCUAAGGGCUACUGUUACCGUCUUAUUACCAGAGAGUUCUGGGAGAAUGAAAUCCCAGACUACAUGAUCCCUGAGAUGCUGCUUGCCCCGUUGGCCACCAUCAUGCUGAAGGUGAAGCUGCUGGACAUGGGAGAUCCCCAUUCCCUCCUUUCCAAAGCCCUCUCACCCCCCAACCUUGAUGACAUUGUGAGGACAGUGCUCCAACUCAAAGAGAUGGGUGCGCUAUCUGCAAAAAGUGACGGCAGGGGUCAAAAUGCAGAUGGCGAACUAACGUUCCUGGGCCAAGUGCUGGCCCACUUGCCUGUGGACCUGUAUCUUGGGAAGAUGAUCGCCCUGGGCCACGUCUUUGGCUGCCUGGAUGAGUGCCUCAUCAUAGCUGCCUCGCACUCUCUGAAGAGUUUCUUUGCCAUACCAUCCAUGCAGCAGCUUGCUGGCCACAGGAGCAAGUUGGCCUUUGCCCGCGGCACACCAAGUGAUUCCAUAGCUUUUGUCAAUGCCUUCAAGGCAUGGCAAUCCUCCAAAAAGAAAGGACAGCUGAGACACCCAAAGGACGAGUUAGACUGGGGAAAGGAGAACUUCAUUCAGAUCAAGAGGAUCAAAGAGGUUGCAGAGCUGUAUAAUGACCUGAAGAAGCGUGUGUCCCAGUUCAACAUGCAUGUCCCGGAGAACACUCAACCCAUGGAUUACACCAGCACAAACAGGCAGAAGUUCAUUCUUCAGGUGGUCAUUGCUGGUGCAUACUACCCCAACUACUUUCUCCAGGGGGAAAUAGAUGAGGACUUGGCCUCCAGAGAGUUGAGUGGCUUCAACCCCAGAACAACAGUGAUGAUGAGGAACAUCCCCCCAUACAGUUUCCUGUAUUACAAGCAGCUGCAGUCUCUGUUCCGCCUAUGUGGACAGGUCAAAGCCAUUUCCUUUGACAGCUCCAGAGCAUAUGUGGAGUUCUACAGGACAUCUCAAGACGCAGGGGUGCUGCCUGAGGUGUCCCUUGCCCUCCUCCUGGCACAGCAGAAUGCUCCCAUGGAGCUUUCUGUCUACCCCAUUGAACAAAUAGAAGUGUCUGCUGGGAACAGAAACAUAGCUCACAUGAAAUAUGCACGGGUGAAUGUAGACUUCCAGAGCCAGUCUGUCUGCCCGGUGGGAGUGGUGAGCAGCACCAUUGACCCAGACAAGCUACCCCCCAACCGCUUGUUUGUGGUCAACAUCACCGAGGUGGUGGAUGUGGGUCAUUUCUGGGGCUUCCAGGCAGAUGAAGCUAGCUUGGAGAGGCAGCGUCAUUUGACAGCAGAGAUAAACCAACGUACGCUGUGUGCUUUAACUAUGUCACUCUAUCCCAACCUGCUGUGUCUGGCUCCUUACUCGGAGAUCAAUGACUCGAGCUUGUUCUACCGUGCCAAGAUCCUGCACAUGCGUGGCAACACAGUAGAGGUGUUCUUCUUGGACUUUGGCAACACAGCAGUUGUUGCCUGCAGCAGCCUCAGAGAGCUCCCUUCGGACCUCCUGUCUCACCCAUUCCAGGCUCAGGAGUUCCAAGUCACUGGAAUGCGUCCUUCAGCUGAGUCAAUCAUCCUGGGGAACCAGUGGAGCAGUCGAGCCCGCGACCGCUUUAUCACACUGGUGAAAGGCCGUUCACUCAUUGUGUCCCUGUACUCCAUCCUCCAUGGUGUCAUGCAUGUGCAGCUGCUCAUCAACACGCAGACAACAAACACCAGCAUGGUAGACAUCUUGGUGCAAGAAGGACAUGCUGUGACGGCUGAAGAGAGCUUCGAUUCCAAGCAAAACCAUGACGCACUGAUGUCCAUGUACAAGGACAAGGAAAUGGGUACAUACAUUGCCAACGCUGCCAGCAGCUCCUGGAAUGAUCGCAAGAGAGAGGAGAAGCAGCUCAUUGACAACCUGCUCGCCCACUUUUCCAAGAGCCGCCUCUCUUACUCCAAGACAAAGGUACAUCUGCAUGGACCAAACAGUCCUAAUAAGAUAAAGUUCCACAGCUUGAGCAACAAGACACACUACAAGACUGUGUGUAUAGAGAGAAGCAGCAUCAACUCCUUGGCCCUGAAUGAAAACCCUCACUACAAACAUCAGAGGAUGCUGGUGGCAGGGACUGUGUCAGUCAACCCCACAGGGACACGGAUUCUACUGAGAGAUACCACCCUCAUGCCCGACAUCCCGGGACUGCCUGCACUCAUUACCAUGCUGUUCACGCCCAUCAUGGAGUUGCGCACUGAUGAAGAGAGGACGUGCUACACUGGCGCCCUCUGUGGCUUGGGCUGGAACAGUCGAACACAGGAGGGCAUCCUACCUGAGCAUGACAUCGAACUUGCCUUUGACGUCAAAUUUGAUAUUGAAGACAUCACUGAGAUAAAUGCUUUGCGAGUGGCUAUAAACCGCCUGGUGUGUGGAGGGCCCUGUGGCACUCUGCAUUUGGGGCCUGACAGGAUCAGCCACCUGCAGGAGGACUGCCAGGACCGCCUCAUAAGACUGUUCACCAAGUCACCGCCAAGGGAAGCUGUCACUCCAGUAUACUACGAGAAACUCGAGAAAUGGAAUCAGGUGGAUCCUGCUCUGAAGAUGGGUAUUGUUGAGCCCAGAAGUGGAAAGACCACAGGUGUUCUCUUCCAGCUGCAUCCGGUCACUCUCCUCAACACUUAAAAAGCCACUGGAAAUGCAUUUGUGUUGAAAUGAAACUGAUUCUAGUGUUUUACUAUGAGCAGUUGCCUGGAAUUUUAAUUUCAUUAUGUUCAGAGGAGUAUUUUUUUUAAGUUCAAAUGUAGCUUUCAGCAGCCGAAAAAUCCUCAAUUCUUUCUUUGUCGUUUGCAGCCACCAGUGGAGUAGUUAUUCCCUUUAAAUAAGUCGCUGCUCAUAAGAAAUGUAAAUGUUCUGAGAUUUGUCCUGUAUAGCUCUUUCUAACAGCACUUCAGCAGUGGGCCAUUAAAAAUAGUGCGCAACAGAU